AUGGCCCCGACACUCCUCCAAGAGCCGUCCCACGCGGGACGUGCUACUAGCAACAACGACAAUGACCCAGACUUCAACCCGGCAUUGCCCUGGCAUGCCGGCGAGCAGGAGAUGCACCGCCUCAUGCGGCUCCCGCCGCGUUCACAGAAUCCGACGUCGCAGGGCCUGCCCGCGCGGUAUGGCUUCCGGAUCACGGCGUCUCCCUUGGUAGCUCUGGGGACGCUGGAUGACGAUGGAAGACCCUGGGUCACCUUGGCGGGAGACGAGGCCGGGUUUGCGAGGCCCGUCGCGGAGGGGGUGCUGGCGAUGAAGGCGGUCAUGGAUGUCACUGGUGCGGAUCCCGUUGUGAAGGAGCUCCUGACUGCCUGGAGUGACGAGGACGGGGAGCAAAAGGGGGAGAAUGGUGGGAAGAUCAUGGCUGGCUUGUCGAUUGAUCCGGAAACUAGGGAUCGGGUCAAGUUUGCUGGGAGGAUGAUUGUCGGGUCGAUGACGGGGUACAGACAUCCCGAAGGGAAGAACGAUGGCGACCAUGAGAAUGCCCCUGCACUCGCCGGCGAGGUGCAGAUUGGAUUCAACAUCCUUGAAACUGUGGGCAACUGCCCUAAGUACAUCAACAAGAAGCACAUCACGCCGCACAUCCCUUCACCAAAGGUAGCCUACGAGGCAAGCCAGCAGGGAGAAGGGGCUGGCGUGGCACUUCCGCAAGAGGCCAUCGAGCUGGUCGACAAGGCCGAUAUGUUCUUCAUCGCGUCCAAGCACGGCGUGGAGAGCAUGGAUGUCAACCACCGUGGCGGCGCGCCGGGCUUCAUGAGAGUCCUCAAGACGACGAGCCAAGCCGGCGGCAAGCCGGCCACCACGCUGAUAUAUCCUGAGUUCUCGGGCAACAACCUGUACCAAACACUCGGCAACCUGCGCCGCGAUCCGCAGGUAGGCAUCUGCGUGCCCGAUUAUGACACGGGGGACGUGCUCUAUGUCACUGGCACCGCAGAGGUGCUCAUCGGCGACAGGGCUGCUGCGUAUCUGCCGCGCACAAAGCUUGCGGUCAAGGUCGACAUCGACGCUGCACGGCUUGUCAAGAGCGGUCUCGGUUUCCGUGGCAGCCCCAUCGACCACAGCCCGUACAACCCCACGGUCAAAUACCUGAAGACAGAGAAGCCCGACGUUGCCGCCACAGCAGAGGCAACGACGGGUGGCAUUGCUGUGGCUACGCUCAAGACGCGCGAGCAGAUCACGGACACGGUGGCAAGGUAUACAUUUGCUCUGUCCCUGACGGAAACCCAGAGGAAGACUCGGGCGAGAUUGGAGCCGUGGGAACCGGGGCAGUACAUCACACUGGACUUUUCCGAGGAGCUGGAUCACGGCUAUCGGCACAUGGCCGAUGACGACCCACAGAGCCUAAAUGACGACUACGUUCGCAGCUUCACGAUUAGUGCACCGAUCAAGAAGCCGGCAACAACAGAGAGCUCGCUCGAGCCGGAGGAAUUUGAGAUCACGAUACGCCGCCAUGGUCCUGUCACGGCACUGCUGUCUCGGUGGAACCUUGCGGUGCCGCUGCAGGUACCCGUGCUCGGGUUUGGUGGCGACAAGGAGUUCAGGAUGCUUGUUUCUGAAGACGAUGGGGCCAGUCAGAGUCUGGCCGUCAAGGAUCGCAUCUUCUUGGCCCAAGGCGUCGGCAUCACGCCACUCAUGGCUCAAGCACCCGGGGUGAUCGAGUCGAUGGCUCAAUCCAGACUCGAGGGCAAGCUGAAGCUUCUCUGGAGUCUGCGCGCAGACGACAUGCUUCUUGCCCGGGACGUGCUCGGUCGUACGCCGGGCCUCGCUGAACUCACCACGCUGUUUGUGACUGGGAAGGUUCGUGGUGGUCAGUAUGGGGCGGCUGCGGAGGCAGCGCAGAAGGAGGUCGAGGACAUGGGGGCCAAGAUUAUCAGCCGGAGAAUUGGCAAGGACGACAUCCUCACCGUUGGCGAAAAGGGCCGGCGCAAGUACUAUGCCUGCAUGUCUGGGGUCAUGAGAAAAGCCUUGCUCGAGUGGAUGGCGGAGGAGGACCUUGUUGUCGAGAGCUUUGAUUACUGA